AAAACUUCCUGGGCGGUUGACUACAUUGCGCAUUCGUUGCGUUUCGCUCGUUUCGUUGUUGCUUGUUGCGGUCGGCGUGUGUGCGAGUUUAUCGUUGACGUUGAGCAUCUUCGAUGACAAUGAAGAUCGAAGAAGUGAAAAGUACGACAAAAACUCAACGAAUCGCCGCUCACAGCCAUGUUAAAGGCAUCGGCUUGGAUGAAAAUGGCCUCGCUUUACCCGUGGCCUGCGGCCUCGUCGGUCAAGAACAAGCGAGAGAGGCCGCGGGAAUCAUUAUCGAGCUCAUCAGAUCCAAAAAGAUGGCAGGCAGGGCCGUUCUGUUUGCUGGACCACCAGGCACCGGAAAGACGGCCAUUGCCCUGGCCAUUGCGCAAGAACUUGGCACAAAAGUCCCCUUCUGCCCGAUGGUUGGAAGUGAAGUUUAUUCGUCCGAAGUGAAGAAAACGGAAGUUCUUAUGGAGAACUUUAGGCGAGCCAUUGGUCUUCGGAUUAAGGAAACCAAGGAGGUCUAUGAAGGAGAAGUGACUGAACUAACUCCGUGCGAAACUGAAAAUCCCAUGGGCGGGUAUGGAAAGACCGUCAGCCAUGUCAUCAUUGGACUCAAAACUGCCAAGGGCACCAAGCAACUCAAGCUCGAUCCUACCAUUUACGAGAGUCUUCAGAGAGAGAAGGUGGAAGUCGGGGAUGUCAUCUACAUUGAGGCCAACAGCGGUGCAGUAAAGAGACAAGGGAGAUCUGAUGCAUAUGCCACCGAGUUUGAUCUUGAGGCUGAAGAAUAUGUGCCGCUGCCAAAGGGAGACGUGCACAAGAAGAAGGACGUCAUCCAGGACGUGACCUUGCACGAUCUGGACGUUGCCAAUGCCAGGCCCCAGGGAGGCCAGGACAUCCUCUCCAUGAUGGGACAGCUCAUGAAGCCACGCAAGACGGAGAUCACCGACAAGCUGAGGAAGGAGAUCAACAAGGUGGUGAACAAGUACAUUGAUCAGGGCAUAGCAGAGCUGGUGCCGGGCGUGCUCUUCAUAGACGAGGUACACAUGCUGGACAUUGAGUGCUUCACCUACCUGCACCGGGCCCUCGAAUCCUCCAUAGCGCCCAUCGUCAUCUUCGCAACCAACCGUGGUCGUUGCACCAUCAGGGGCACGGAGGAUGUUGUAUCGCCCCACGGAAUUCCUUUGGACUUGCUGGACAGGCUGCUGAUUGUCCGGACCCUGCCCUAUUCCCAAGAAGAGAUGGUCAAGAUUCUCAGGAUCAGGGCCCAGACGGAAGGCAUCGAGGUCGACGAGGAGUCUCUCCAGGAACUGGGCGAGAUUGGAACACGGACCACCCUGAGAUACGCGGCUCAGCUGCUGAGUCCCUCAAGCCUGCUGGCCAAGGUGAACGGCCGGACAUCCAUCCGCAAGGACGACGUCCGGGAGGUCAGCGACCUCUUCCAUGAUGCCAAGUCCUCCGCCAAGAUUCUUGCAGAGAACAAUGACAAGUACAUGAAGUGAACCACUCCUGCCUUCCCUUUUUCUCUUUUGUUUCGCUUUCCUCCCAUUUCGAUGGACCCAAUGUUCAUCGCUGUUCGAGCAUUAAAAGCCGCAUCGUCACGUA